GGUAGAACGACGUAGUUUGUUGACAGCAACGAAUUGCCAACGGUUGCCAAUACGGCGUCCCAACAAAGAAUACAACAGUACACGUUGUCCAAGCUGACGUGUGGAGAUAUGUGUCGCCGCUUUCCUAAAUGGCAUAAAUUCAAAAGUUCCAUGACGCGAUUGUACCCAAGCUAUCGUCCCAAUAAGAAAUCAGACGUUCAAGCAACGCCUACGUCGAAGAAAAAAAUAUCAGGAAAAAGAGAGUUCAAAGAUCACGCAGAAGAGAUAAUUCCGAUUUUGAAGCCGCCUACAACUGGAGCCCGAAAAGGUCGCAAGAAGCUCGAUGGAAAAUCGAACCAUUCAACGUCCUCGACAGCAGCAGAAACGGAAACGUCGAGCCGCAAUCGCGAGGUCAAAAUUCGGCUCUCCAUGGCGGAGGAAGAGGUGAUUUCACCAAGUCCGACAGAAAAACGCCACGCAAGAUUUCAGCGGCCUUCAUUGGAGCAGCGGCAAAAGUUGCUUGCAAUUGCCCAUGACAUUACCAAUGUUCUGGAUACGUACAGUAAAGAAUACUCUGACAGCGAAAAGUCUUCAAAGUACAGUUCAAGACUAAUGGAGCUCUUAGGUCGUGCUUCUCAUAAAUCACCAAGGACAUCGGACGAACAGGUACAGACGAAACUGAAGGCUAUUGAGGAACGAAUUGUGCAGGUUGAAAAAGAAAUAUUACAGAUGUCCCAACAAACUAAACCUAAGCAGGCUAAACCCCAUCGCAGUAAAGGUUUAACCGCGAAACGCACUGGCAAAUCAAAGUCCGGGAGUUCAGACAAGAACAUCUCGUCUUCCCCAAACCUGUAUCCUACAAUCAUCGAAUGUUCCGUAGAGCAGUCUUCUGUGACUAUGAACGGCUUUAAAAGUCUCAAAAGUUACCGCGUACAACAACAGAGUUCUCUGUCGAAAUACGAUACUGUAGCGGAAGCAGCAAAUCCACAGAAAAAUCGAUCGACUAAUGACUUGGCCGAUGUUUUGAAAUCUGCAGUUUCUAAAACAAAAAAGGGUCGUGUUAGUCCACUGAAUAAAAUCUUAACGCGACUAAAGGCGGUGUCUAAGCCGCCAGCGAAGGCGUGUUUAUUAAAGGCAGAAAUGCCCGCAGCGAAACAGGUCGUAGCUGAUACUUCUGAUGAACUUAAGUCGAAACCGCUUAUCGUGCUAGUCACUGAAGAAAUAUCCACCAGAAGGCAAACUGAAAAAACGCCAAUUAAAUCUCAGCAGCCAUUACCGUCACAAAAGAAGGCUCCCUCAGGACUUCCGUCGCUAAAAAAGGACCAUCUUCCCAUAGUUAUUUCGUCGGAAAAGGGAUCAUCUUUCCCGAAGAGCACAGACGUUUCGAAGACGCGAUCACUGAAACAGAAGUUUGUUGAGAAGCUUUCGCCAUUGGCGGCUGAGAAGUCGGCAUUGGAAGGAAUGCAAUAUUCCCCUACAGACGUGAGUCCCACUCCAAGGAAUAUGGACAGUGACAAGGAACAGGACGGUGAUGCUGAGGAACCUUUGAGUUCACCUACAUCUGAUGACGAAAGUCAUGAUAUUAAGACCCCGCGAAGAGAGCGGGCUUAAUUUUAUUGUUAUGAUGGUACCAGAACUACUAGUAUUAGGUCCGUAUUUAACACAAUGACGGUGCACAGUGACUGCAGAAAUUAUGUUCGCUGCGUAUCUAGCCGACGUACUGAGACCGUAUUAUCUUCCUGUCGGGGGUUUGUGGCAAAUAACCCAUGUGUUUAUAUCUAUACAUCAUACCGUGUUACCUUACUGUUUAGCUUUUUGAAUCCGGGACGAACA